AUGGAUGUGCCUCAGGACCCUGCGGGGGGCCGUCCAGCAACCGAAAACUCAGUCAAAGAGUCGAGCCCCAUUACGCAGAACGAUACUGAUCAUCCACAAAACUCGUACAUGUCUCGAUCUUCUGACUACGAAGCAGCUGCAUCGUCCCAAGAAACCCCAGUUGAUCCUACUCAAUCAUCUAGAUGGACACAAUUCCUUCUUAAGUACAGCGAUCCACCGCCUGAGAUGUCUCGAGGAUCUUCAGAGCCGGCUAAGAAUACUGAAACUUCUUUGGUUAUUGAAAACAAAUACCAGGAUACCAGAAGUUUAGAAAUUUGCCCAUCUCCUAUCCUUGAGACAGCAGGGAAUAGAGCAUUGUUACCCGAAGUGGGAUGCAUGACACCUGUACUUGCAGCUAAUGCACUCCCCUCUCGAAGAUGCAAGGAUCACAACGACCCGGGUGGAAAAAGCAAGCGUCGACCAAAGAGUGGAGGCAAUCAUUGUAUUUACCCCUCAAUCUGGCCACGAAAAUCCAAAACACCUCUUAUGGAGAUUGCGGAGUUUGAGGCAAUGAUGGUCAAGCACGACAUCAAUUUCACCCUAUUAAGGGCACGGAUGUUUCUUGACAACGGUCAUGAUAAUGAUGCACAGGCAUAUGUUAUGCAGGCUCUUGAAGUCGCUCAGAGACUUGGUCAGGAGCCUGUGAUUGCGCGGUGCAUCUUCUGGCUUGGACGCAUCGAGUAUGCCCGAGGCAACUAUACAGACGCAUAUCAACACUUCCUUGGCGCACGUCGGUGUCUCGGGGAGUAUCCAGAAGGGGAAGAAGAUCUUCCACUGUACAUGAGUCUUUUCCAGCAGGGACUCACGCCAGAAGUUAGAGAGCGUAUCUUGCUCGAGCACUCCAAGGCCAUUGUCGCUGAGUACAAGAAAGCCAGAAACAAGCACAACAAGGGCGAAAUACCAACCCGCAAAUCAUCAAGAAAAACAACCAAACGCAAACGAAGCCCCAUCUCCCACGACCGAGUCCUUCGCACCCCACCCAGCAAGGCAGGGAAAAGCAAAGAUCCAAAUGAGAAGAAGGGAAAAAGAAACGUGCGCCGCCCUACAGUAUGGCUAACGCAAGAAUCAGAAGAUCAGCACAUCCACCCAAGGGACGAGCCAAAGAAAUGGCGUCGUCAAGGCCCUCCAUCAAUCAAAAACAUUGAGUCGCAGUGGGAGAUGAAUUGGCUGACUGCAUCGAAUAAAUCCCCCCACCGUCCCGAGCAGAGCGCGUUUGAAUUCCGGAGGUAUCCGCGGGGACUGGCAACACGUACUCGUUUAACUCACAUCUUUUCUGAACAGCCAUGGGAGAUCAUUAUAUCAGCGAAGGAAUGGGAAGCUAUGCAAGAACAAAAGAGAAAUAAGCGUCUCACGAUGGGCCAUUUGGCACGAGAACGACGCAGACUGGGGCGUAAGGUUUUAGAAAAGGCGAAACUGGAUUCUAAAUCUUGA